UACCUGUACGGCGCGCACGCGGUGCUGCUAGUGUACGAUGUGACUGCGCCGAGCACGCUGGACGUACUGCAGGACUGGGUCGUGGUCGUCAGGAAGGCUGCACGUCAUCAUGACCGUCCACCUCUCAUGGCCCUCGUCGCCAACAAGGCAGAUCUUGAACACAUCAGACAGGUCAAGAGCGAGAGACAUCACAGGUUCGCAGCCGACCACAACAUGCUUUCUUACGUCAUGUCAGCGAGAACUGGUGAAGGCGUUGCGCUCACCUUCCAGAAG